CUAGAUGUGAGUAAAGCUGAGAAUUCUUGAAAUAGUGAGCAAAUCAAUGGAAGAUCUCAAUGAGAAAGAGAGUGGGGAAGAGUUGUUCCAUGCUCAAGCUCAUAUAUGGAAUCAUAUAUAUAGCUUCAUAAACUCCAUGUCACUUAGAUGUGCAGUUCAGCUAGGCAUACCAGAUAUCAUCCACAAUCAUCACCAACCCAUUACCCUCUCUGAGAUGAUCACAAAACUUGCCAUCCCAACCGCGAAGACGGAUUCUAUGUUCCGCCUCAUGCGCUUAUUGGUACACUCCGGCUUCUUCGCAGUUCGAAAAGCCUCUGAAGAUCAAGAAGAAGAAGGAUAUGUGCUCACACCCUCUUCAAGGCUCCUCCUUAAGGAUAAUGUAAUGACUGUGUCACCCUUGUUGCAAGCAGUGCUUGAUCCAAUCUUAAUGACACCUUGGCAUUUCCUUAGUGCAUGGUUCAAGGGAGAUGGUCUUACAGCAUUUGAGACAGCACAUAAGAGGACCUUCUGGGACUAUGCAAGCCAAGACAUUGAGCUCAACAACUUCUUCAAUGAGGCCAUGGAAAGUGACACUCGAUUGGUUAUGAGUGUGGUUGUUACAAAGUGCAAGGGUGUGUUUGAAGGGUUAGGGGCAUUGGUUGAUGUAGCAGGUGGCACUGGAACUUUGGCUAAGAACAUUUCUGAAACCUUCCCAAGCUUGAAAUGUGCAGUGCUUGACCUACCACAUGUGGUUGCUACCUUGAAAGGGAAUGAGAAUCUUACAUAUAUUGCAGGAGACAUGUUUGAAUCUAUUCCUCAUGCUGAUGCAGUUCUUCUCAAGUGGAUUCUGCAUAACUGGAACGAUGAGGAAUGCAUAAAGAUAUUGAAGGGAUGCAAAGAGGCAAUCUCUAGUGGGGAUGAAGGAAGAAACUCAGGGAAGGUGAUCAUCAUAGACAUGGUGGUGGGUGAUAAGAAGGAAGACCACAAGUCAACAGAAACACAGCUUUUCCUUGAUAUGCAAAUGAUGACUUUGUAUACUGGAAAAGAAAGAACUGCGAAGGAAUGGGAGAAGGUUUUCUUGGAGUCUGGAUUUAGUCACUAUAAGAUCACUCCUAUCUUGGGUUUAAGGUCUCUCAUUGAAGUCUACCCUUAGUGGCCUACAUGAAUUGGUGAUAUGAUAUAAUAAG